AGGCGCAACUGAACGCCAUAACAGAAAAAUCGAAAGAACCAGAGGCAGCAGAACCCGAACCUGAACCAACUACUGAAGUUCUUUUCCUUUGUAGUUGUGAAGGCUGUGGAAAGACAUUUAUUGAUGCUGGAGCUUUGAGAAAUUUUUGGAUAGUUCGAAGUAAAAGAGACACUCUCUUCAUACCGGAGCCAGAGAUUAUGUGUGCCCUCAUGAAGGCUGUGGUAAGGUGA